AAAAUAAUUCAUAUCAUUUUCUGGCCAUUUGGAAUUAAUGCACAGAAAGCUAUACUGAAAUCAUCACACAAGAUCUCAAUCAGCAAAAACGUCACAAAGAAAUCUUUCUCCCUAGUUCUUCCAGCUCAAUAUAAGUCAGAUCUCUUGAAAUGAAGACUUUGCAGAAGUUUAGUCUCUUCAUCAGUUUUUUAAUGCCCUUGGUGAAGUUAGCACCACCUAAUCAACAAAACUCAGACCCGUUUUAUGAGCAUGACUUGACCAUAACUGCUGAAGAUGCAGUAUUCAAGGAAAUCUAUGAAGAUACAUUAUUUAAAGAAGAUUAUGAUGACAAUCUGCAGGAUGCAGUAGAAAAUAAGGAAAACAAUGGUAUGCACCUAUUCCAUGAAAAUGAACUGCAAGUACAGAAAGAUGAAGAAGGACCUAGUGGGGGAUCAACAAAUUAUACAGAUUUGGCUACUUGUUUGGUGUGUACUUGUUUAAGUGGCUCGGUUUAUUGUGAAGAAACACAAAUUCAAAGCAUCCCAGCUCUACCAAAGGGAACAGGAUAUGUUUAUGCACGUUUCAACAAAAUCAAGAAGGUCAAAGUCUCUGAUUUUUCAGAAAUUCCCUUAGUAAGAAGAAUUGAUUUGACUGGAAAUGCAAUUCAAGAAAUUGAAGAUGGCUCCUUUGCAAAGCUUCUAUUACUAGAAGAACUUUCACUUGCUGAUAAUUUCCUUGUUAAACUUCCAGUUUUGCCUCCCAAGCUAACGUUAUUUAAUGCAAACAAUAACAAAAUUAAAAGCAGAGGAAUUAAAGCAAAUGCUUUCAAGAAGCUGACCAAUCUCUCCUAUCUCUACCUGGCAAAAAAUGCACUGGACUCCGUUCCUCUUAACUUGCCAGAGAGCCUGCGUAUUCUGCAUCUUCAGAACAACAACAUAACCAGCAUCACAGAUGAAACCUUCUGCAAAAAAAAUAAUCAGACCCGUCAUGUUCGUCAGCGCAUGGAUGAGAUAAGAAUGGAAGGCAACCCAGUCAUCUUGGGAAAGUAUCCCAAUGCGUAUAUGUGCUUGAAAACAUUGCCUAUAGGUUCAUACUUUUAAUUACUAACAAAAUUGAAAGGGUAAAUAACAGGUAAAGGUACCUUUAUAUCGCUGUUUAAAUAUGUCUUUUCAUGUUAAUAUCUUCCCACAUGUAUUCAACAGUGUAAGCAGUUAUAAUGUACUUAGUUCUACCUUAACUGGGUGAUGCUGCACCUUCUGGUUCAAUAAGCCUGAGCCUUUUUUAUUUCUAAAACUCAAAUAUGAAAGCAGCAAUGUAUUGCUUAUUCAAACGGAACCAAUCCAUUUUUCAAAUGAAUAACGGCAACAUUUUGUUGUACUUUAACACCGCAGUGUUAAGACUUCAUGGAUAAUGGUUAGCCAAUUCAGACAAAAGGAGCUUCUUUCUCAGAAGGUCAACAGUGUAACUUGAUAUGAUGUAGGAAGCAAAUAGUGCAUUAUAUGCAGGGAGAGCCAGAAUUUGAAGGAGUAGAACUUAUCUUCUGAAUAGAAGGGCAAAAAAUAAAAAGAAUGUGGAGAUUAAAAAGUUACAUGAGGUAGAAGGGGCAACAAAGGCUUCAGUUCAGAAUGGGUACUGAAGCAGUAAUCCAGAUUGUAUGAAUCAAGAAGUACCAUUUUCUGGUACUUAAGGAUAUAUGAUCUUGACAUUUAUAAGGGGGUCAUUGUGGAAAUAAUUUCUUCUGUAUAUUCAACCUCUGAUUAUGCUGAGCAAAGCUUUAUAUGUGACAUCAAAACCUGUGACAUAUAGGUUAAUCAUGGAUUAGAUUGCAGGUAGACUAAUUGUAGAUUAACUGGGGGUUGUUUUAGCUCACAAUUAACCUAUAAUAUCUGGGUUUGGAUGUCAUGUCAGAACCCCUGAUCAGAGGUUGAACAUGCAAAAGGAUCACAGAUUGUGCCUAGAAUGUGCCAUGGCAAAUCAUUGGUUAAUCAACCUAGGAACUGCUACCUUUAUGGGAGAUCUGGAUCAAAGUGUUCAAAAGUUUAUUUUCCAACACAUUACAUGAACAUUAGAAAAGUGCUAAAGAUAACUAGAGGUAUUUUAAUUCUUAAGAACUAAGAACAGAAGAGGAAAACAUCACUUUAUGCUACAAUGGGGAAGAUUCAUCUUAAACAUUAGGGAUAAACAAUCCUACCUAGGGAAGUUGUAGAAUUUUUGUCAGAGGUUUACAUAAAAUAAAAUAGAUUGGCCCAUGUUCAUAUGGUUUAGGUAUAAGAUGCCUUACUGAGAUGCUGGACAAUUAAUUUUGCAGUCUCUUGCAAGGUCUCUUGCAAAUUCUAUCACAAUAAAAUAUCAACAUAUAUCAAUGUACAUUAUACAAGUGUAUAAUAUACAUAAGCACAAGUUCUUCUGAUAUAAAUGCUUACAGUUAAAUACUAAGAUUAGGUGCCUGUGAAUAAAAAUGUUGCCAAAUUUUUAACUUAAAAAUCCAACUUAUCAAACCUUACAACUUCAAACGAGAUACAGCAGUUUGUUAGACUCUGUUGUUUAGACUACCUCCUGGAAGCAGUUAACCCUGAUAUGAAUAAUCCUGAAAAAUAUUGAUAAUUUACAAUUCUUAACAUUUUUCAAAUUCAAGUAUUAUACUUAGAGCUAGAAAACAGAUUCAUCCAUUUGGAUAACAUUAAAUGCAUUCCUAUAAUUGCAAGUGAUCACAAGGCAACAGACAUUUCUAAACCCUACUGAAUCCAUUGGAACUUGCCUCCAAAGAACCAUGCAUAGCAUUCUACAAUAAGAAUAAGCAACAUUUGUGAAAUAUUUAUUCUCUUUAGACUAUCACCCUGCUCUAACCGCUGCAUGACUGUUUCAAGGUUGUGAAAUCUUGGUUGGAAUCAGCCCAGGUUGAACCCUUCUCUCAAAACAGGUAUCAGCUUGGCAGAUUUCAGUACAAUGCUCAAAUAGUGUGCGCAUGUGUGAUAUGUCAGUUGAAGGCUUCAUUGGAAGUACUUUAUCAAUAACUUCUGAUUUGCACUCACUCUCAUUCUUUGCAUAUUUUUGGUAAGGACAGAUAUAUUAUCUUCUGAUUUAAUUAUUCACUGGCAUUAAAGACUAUAUUACAGCUAUUAAACUCUGCUGUAACUAUGCUAUUUUAACUAUAUUAUGUAUCACACCUCAGUUACAUGAUGAAUUUAUGUGAUGUGAAACAUUUAGAGAUUUCUGAUUGAUUUUAGUUUGUGUUUCUUUCCUAAUGUCUCAAACUCUAAAUGUCUAAUAAAACAAAUCACCAAAAAAAC